GAGAAGAAGAGAAUCUGAAAGAACUCAAAAAUGGCGACAACUAAACUUGAAAAGAUUUCUUCCUCCUCUUCAUCCUCAAAAUUCACUUGGAAGAUCAACAAGUUUUCGAAAUUCACAACCAUGUCUACUUACAGUGAUGUUUUCUCGGUCAAUGGUUUCAAAUGGAAAGCAUGUAUUUGUCCAAAGGGAAGGGAGGAAGUGUACGACCACAUAUCACUCUACCUGGUUCCGGUAGAUUUAACAAAAUCCGUCGACACCCAGUUCAGUUUUGCGAUUACCAGUCAAAAGGAUCGCAACAACACUCUCAGAUUUGAACUGAAACACAAUUUCCAUGAAGGGACAAUCCAAGGGUUUGGUUGGACUUUUUUCAUGCCUCUGGUUGAACUACACGACCGUACUAAAGGAUAUAUUGUUGAUGAUACUUGUGUCAUUUCAAUUGACGUUACUUGUUUGAUGAAAGAACCAAAAGAAGAGGAAGAAAAAGACUCGACAUUGAAACAGCCCAGCAGCAGCAGCAAUCCACUGAAGAGCCCAACUGCUAAGCCGAAGCGCACCAAAACCAUGGCAACUAACCGCAGACGUAAUUAAGCAGGCAGUAGAGGAGGAUAAUUUGGAUUGAAGAAGGUAUAUUGUCAAGUCAUAGAAAGGGGAUUAGGAUUACUAAUACUACAUGGGGAAAGUGUUAUCUGGAAAGAAAGAAAUAGGUGAAUAGUUUGUGUUCGAAGAAAUGUCUCACAGAAAGUAAAGUUGCUAGUAGUGAAAUUAACAGAAUUACUGAGUUACAAAGGCUAGUUUAUAAUAAAAUCUAUUUGGAGUAGCUAUUUUACA